UAAUAAUAUUUCGGACAAAAAGCGUGACGUGGAUGGAGGACACGCUGGAGACAGAUACAAAGAGGAUGUUUUUCUGAGUUGUCUUUGACCCCACGCACGUUAGUGACGCGUGGUGGUUAUCCUUUUCUUUUUUUUUUCUAGCGCGAUUGAGACGCAUUAUAGUUAAUGGGCUUUUAUCUAUUGGGCUGACUUCCGUUUUUAUAAGUUCAUAUCCUAAAAUGUCCAAAGAGCUAUCUGACAAAGUUUGUUGACCAAAGAUUAAACCACCCAAGAAGAUUUUGUUUACCGAACAACAGCGACAUAUUCUUUAGGCAGAUUGUUUAACAUUUGUCUCUGUUGCAUCAAAUGAGAAUCGAUGAACCUUCUUGUAGAUGGCACAGGCGUUUUCUGAUUUUCUAUAUUAAUAUACAUUUCCAUCUCUUUUCUGAUUAUCAGUUACAUAUAGUAAGUCCCUUUUUUCAAUUAUAGUAAGUUUAAGUUUGACCAUCUGCCUGGUAACCAUAUUUUAUAAGCCAAAUUUAUUCGGAGAAAGAAUUAAGCUCUAGAAAAGACCUAAGCAUAAGUUUUCUAAACUUCUUUCUUGUAGUCAAACGUAAGAAGAGUUUUAGCUGUAAAUCUAUCGUUUACUUUGAUAACAUUUCUCAUUUGCUGUUAAUCUUAUUGAUUCGAGUAACUUCUUAAAUAGUAAGUACGUACAAAAAUUUUCAAGUGGUUAUCUGUAUUUAAAGAAGUUAAGAAACAAUAAUCUCAAAUGGCUUAAUUGACGAAUAAUGAAAAUUAGCAACCAGAAUGUGCCUAACUAUCUAUUGACCUUGAUGUGCCUAAUUAUUAUUGACUUUUGGUGUGCCUAUAGUCUGAGACUUGUCAAGGUUAGAUAAGCUACUAAACGUUUAAUUGGCCACGUUCCCUCGUAUUUUUUUGUGUAAUAGAAUACUAACCUCUUACAAUUAAACUAUUUUAAUCCAUUAAAUAAUGUUUUGAAAGAAAAUGAUACAUCUUGAGUGCUGCGUAUUACAUUUUUAUUUAAAUCUAAAAUAUCCAAUCAAAGGUUCUAACCUAAAACAUACUACUCCCUCUGUUUCUAAAAGAUGCAUAUUCUAGACUUUUCACAUAUAUUAAGAAAACUCAUUAAAUAUGCAUUGUUUUUUGUAAAUAACAAUUUUCCAUAACUUUUAGCCAAUAGAAAUUCAAUAAACACCAUUAAUUUUUUUGAAACUUACAAUUUUUCAUAAAAUCAUAUAUUGAAAAGGUAAAAAAUGUAUCUUUUUGAAACAAAUUUUUUUCCAAAACAUACAUCUUUUAGGAACGGAGGGAGUAUCACUUAUAGUAGAAUUUAAAAGUACGGUUAGUCAAAUGCUGAAAUCCAAAGACACAUAGAGAAGUUGUUAUAAACAAUGCAUGUAAGUCUCUAGAGAAUAGAGCUGCGUAUAGGUUAGUCUAAGGGAGGGAACUAAACAAGAGUAGGGAGUCUAGACUGUCUACCGAUCAUUAACCAACCAGACCCCUAGCUAUUAAAUCACAAUACAAAAGGGUGGACUUUCUCUCUUAGUCUUUUGUCUCAUUGCUCUUUUGCCCGAUCUUCUAUUUAUUAUCAUAUCUCUUUCGUUAAUUCCUUAUUACAUAAUAUAAAGUAUGAACAGAUUCAUGCAUCAACGGGGAAAAAGAAGCAUGAAGUUGAAUAACAAUGAUGAACAACACAAGGUGGUGUCAUUACUUGGAAAAAACAUCGUGAAAGCUACUGUUUUCAUCGCUGUUUCUCUAUUCACACUGGCCUAUCUCCAUUUUAAUGAUUCAGCAGACUUCAAACUAAUAACAAAGAUAAAUGUUCCUAAAUUCCCUAACCAAUGCGGCGCCGUACAGAACCAAACACAUCAAGUUCACGUCUCUCAGAAUCUCGCAUCGAGACUAAAUCUCAACCGUUCAAAACAAACGACCUGUCCUUCUUACUUCCGUUGGAUACACGAAGAUUUACGCCCGUGGAAAGCAACGGGGAUAACUAGAGAUAUGGUCGAGAAAGCGGGAAGGACGGCGCAUUUUAGACUGGUGAUCCACGGUGGCAAAGCGUACGUUAAAAGAUACAAGAAGUCGAUUCAGACAAGAGCUGAUUUUACUCUGUGGGGAAUUCUACAGUUGUUACGGUGGUACCCUGGGAGAUUGCCUGAUCUCGAGCUUAUGUUCGACGCUGACGAUCGUCCCAUCGUUCGAUCUGAUGACUUUAAAGGUCAAAACAUGGACCCACCUCCGCUUUUCCGUUACUGCUCUGAUGAUGCCAGCUUGGAUAUCGUCUUCCCUGAUUGGUCCUUCUGGGGCUGGGCUGAGAUCAACAUAGAGCCAUGGGGUAAGUCGCUGGAGGCAAUAAAAAAAGGGAACAACAUAACGCAAUGGAAGGAUCGCGUGGCGUACGCUUACUGGAAAGGCAAUCCUGAUGUGGACCCCGGGAGAAAAGACCUUCUCAGGUGUAAUGUUUCUGAACAUGAAGACUGGAACACUCGACUCUAUAUUCAGGACUGGGAUAAAGAAUCAAAAGAAGGGUUUAAGAACUCUAAUCUAGAGAACCAAUGCACGCACAGAUACAAGAUAUAUAUAGAAGGAUGGGCGUGGUCGGUUAGUGAGAAAUAUAUAAUGGCAUGUGAUUCAAUGACACUGUACGUGAAACCAAGGUUCUACGAUUUCUACAUACGAGGAAUGAUGCCACUUCAACACUACUGGCCAAUCAGAGACGACUCCAAGUGUACUUCUCUCAAGUUCGCCGUACAUUGGGGCAAUACCCAUGUGGACAAGGUCAACUACUUUAAGGCACGUGAGAUUGGAGAGGUAGGGAGCAGAUUUAUAAGAGAAGAAGUGAAUAUGAAGUAUGUGUAUGACUACAUGUUUCAUUUGCUCAAUGAGUACGCAAAGCUCUUGAAAUUUAAGCCAGAGUUUCCUUCGGAUGCGGAGGAGAUCACUCCGGAUAGUAUGGGAUGUCCGGCGACGGAACGGUGGAGAGAUUUCAUGGCGGAGUCCAUGGUAAUCUCUCCAAGUGAAGAGCUUCCUUGUGAGAUGCUUCCUCCUUAUGACCGUCUAGCUUUAAAAGAGGUUCUUGAGAAAAAAGCUAAUUUAACACGUCAAGUUGAGUUGUGGGAGGACCAAUACUUUCAUGAUUUGACCAACAAACCUUAAUCUAUACAAAAAUAAUUAGUAUUAAGUAUUAACAUCUCGUCAUCUCCCUAAUGUUUUCUGUGGCAAUCAUAUUAUUUGUUUCUAUCUGUGACUCUUACAGAUGCUAUAGUCCCUCGGAUCUGAAUCCGGUUAUAACAUGAAAAUAGUGGCAAUAACACUGAUUAAUUAUUAUAUUAGACUACAAAGUUUUAAUUCACAACGAUCUUACCUUUAGCGUCAAUGUUUAUUGUCGUCUCAUGUAUAACAUGUGUGGUGAAGUUCCAAAAUUAUUUCGAAAAUGUAGAAAAAUAAACUGAAAAUAGUAUUAUUGUUGUUUAAAUAUGACAGAACUGAAAGGAUUAACCAAAAAAAUAAAUUGAAAAAAUAUUCGAUUUUUAGAAGUUUUUGUAAAUAUUGCUGUAAAAUUUGUCACAAGUUUGUAGAACACAAAAUAAAAAAAAAGUCUGCUAUGCGUAAGUAGGGCUCAUCAUUUUAUCCGUUAAAUUUGAUUUGAUUCGUUAUUUGUUUCGAUUCGAUCCGAAAAUUCCGGAUAUCCGUAAACUUUCGAAGCAAAGCAAAUACUAAAAAUCAAUAUCCGUUAAAAUCUUUAACGAAGCAAAUCACAAAUAGUAAAAUUUUGGGAAGCGGAUAUCCGAUCCGAUCCGACAAUAUAUAAAUACAUGUAUAUCUUGAUUAUAUUUAAAAAAUUUAAUGUAUAAAAUUAUAUAAUUAUUAUUCUAACAUAUGAUUUGAUAAAUUAUAUUCACAUUAUUACUUAUAUAAAAGUACUACAUAAAAG